AUGUGCUGCUGCGAGGUGAAGCCCGGGAAGAGCUGGGUGCAGAGCCACCUCAACGUCGGCUUCCUUGUUGGCGUCCUCCUCGUGCUCGUCACCUGUCUCGUCGUCUCGCAGCAGGUUGCGAUCAGCGGCCCCAAUGUUGUCAUCACGGAAGCACUACUGAUCACGGAUAAACAACUGAUCAAAGCUCCUGGUGAAACAGAGAAGGUGGUGUGUGACACGGAGGACCGCUUCUCCGACAGCUGUGAAAUCGACGGCGACGUCCGCACCAACGGCACAGCACUGUCGGUUGUCAUCGUCCCCACGACCUGGUCGGAGCGCCGCGAGUGGAGGAUCCGGCCGUUCUCCUGCAAGACUAUGUCAAGCAUCAAGAAGGUCACCGUGACGCAGCUGCAGGACCGGGCCGCCGCCCCGCCGUGCACGGUGACCCACAGCAUACCGGCCGUCUUGUUCUCACUCGGAGGGACUACGGGCAACUACUGGCACGACUUCAGCGACGUGCUGGUGCCGCUGUUCAUCGCGUCGCGGCGGUACGACGGCGAGGUCCAGUUACUGAUCAGCAACAUCCAGCCAUGGUGGGUGGGCAUCUACAAGGCCCUCUUACAGCGGCUGUCAAGGUACGACGUCGUGGACCUGGACAGCGACGCGCAGGUGCGGUGCUUCCGGCACAUCACCGUCGGGCUCCGCAUGCACAAGGUGUUCUCCAUCGUUCCGGAGCGGGUGCCGGGGGGCCGCCUCUCCAUGGCCGACUUCACCCGGUUCCAGCGCGAGACCUACGCGCUCCCACGCGACGCACCGGUCAGCCUGACCCAGGAGCCGGACAAGAAGCCGCGGCUGCUGCUGAUCCAACGGGGACACUCCCGUCGGUUCGUGAACGAACAGGAGAUAGCGCGGGCGGCGGAGGCGGCGGGGCUCGAAGCGGUGGCGAUGGAGCUGCGGCGCGAAGCCAUGACCGUGGAUGAGCAGGCUCGGGUGGUGAACUCGUUCGACGUGCUGCUGGGAGUGCACGGCGCGGGGCUGACGAACGCGGUGUUCCUGCCGCCGGGCGCGGUGCUGAUCCAGGUGGCGCCGUACGGCAUGGAGUUCAUUGCGAGGGUGGAGUUCGGCGAGCCCGCAACAGACAUGGGGCUCAGGUACCAUGACUACAACGUGACCGCGGAGGAGAGCACGCUGCUGGAGAUGCUGGGGCCGGACCACCCGGUGAUCAGGGACCCCGACUCCGUGCACCGCAGCCGCUGGGACAAGGUCGCCGAGUUCUACCUCAGGCAGGACGUUCGCAUCGAUGUCGCCCGCUUCGCGCCCACGCUCGCGCAGGCGCUCGACCACCUCCGGCUGCAGCAGGGGCAGGGAACGCAUCUGCCCGGAGUCAUAUGAACUUUCGUAUAUGUACGUCGUCGAGUAAUUCGUUAUUUGGUACAGUCAUUUGGAUGGCAAAGUGAUUACACAUUUCUG